GAUCAAGCCAUAAACAACAGCAGCAGCUGCGUCUUCUCUGCUCCUGGAGUCAUGUCUCUCGCACACACGGCGGCCGAGUUCAUGCUCUCUGAUGCUUUGCUCCCGGAACCCAGCGGCUCCCGAGCCAAAGGCCUUCGCCUGGAGUUACCGAGCGACCGCGUUGUGAAGUUUGUCGCGGUGGGCCUGCCUCUGUUCCUGGUGUCCCUGGCGUUCGCGCGGGAGUUUUCCACGGGGACCCAGAUCAGCUGUUUCUCGCCCGCCAACUUCACAGGGAAGCAGUCUGCAUACGUUGAUACGUCUUGCUGGGAUUCCUUGAUCCACUAUGAAUUUGAUGCUGCUGGAAACACUACAGCCAAAUCCCUCUGGACUCUCAAGGCCUUCCCCUACUCCCUGCUGCUCAUCGCGGUGGCCAUGUACCUGCCCUCCCUGCUGUGGCGAUACACAGCUGCGCCCGCGCUGAACAGCGACCUGCUCUUCAUCAUCGACGAGCUGGACAAGUCCUACAACCGCUCCAUCCGCCUGGUGCAGCACAUGGUGAAGGUCCGCCAGGCCAGCACGGAUGCCCGGCUCUUCUGGGAGGAGUUUGAGAAGGCUCGCAGGGAGCGGUACUUUGAGUUCCCGCUGCUGGAGCGGUACCUGGCCUGCAAGCAGCGCUCGCACUCCCUGGUGGGCGCCUACCUUCUGCGGAACCUGCUGCUGCUGCUCCUCAUCACUGCUACCUGUCUCUACCUGGGAUUCCUCCACCUCCGCGUCUUUUUCCAAGAUGAAUUCAGCUGCUCCAUCAAGACAGGGCUCCUGCGAGAUGAGCCCCAGGUUCCCGAUGUGAUUCCCUGCAAGCUGGUCUUCUUCUCUGUCUUCCAGCUGAUCAGCAUCUCCAACGGGGGUGUCUAUGUCCUCCUGGCACCUGUGGUCAUCUACAACAUGCUGCAGCUCCUCCAGUGGGACAAGCGCCUCCUGUCCAUCUACGAGAUGCUGCCUGCCUUCGACCUCCUCAGCAGGAAGAUGCUGACCUGCCCCUUGAACGACCUGAACAUCAUCCUCCUGUUCCUGCAGGCCAAUAUCUCGGAGCUCAAGUCUUUCAGCAGGCUGAACGCGGUGUGCGCGCUGAGGGAGGUCACCUCCAGCCCACAGCACAUCGACACCGUGGUGGAUUUCAUGACCCUCCUCGCCGGCCUGGAGACGUCCAAACCGAAACACUCGGCUUGCGCUGCAGGGGCUGAAGGAAACCCUCCUCCUCCAAGCAGCGAGAUCCUGGAAAUGGAACCCACAGAAGCUAAAAGAAAUGCUGGCCCUAAGCCCAGCCUGCCUGGCUCUGCCUGAGUGGAGGACCCUGACAGAUUGCUGAGCAGGGAUGGGAAGAUCACAGCUCCCCUGCAGAGCCAUGACAAGAUGUUAGAGGACGACUAAGAAAUAUAACAGUCAAAUCCAUGGGAUGAAUUCAGGCCACUGGCCUACACCCAGCUACUGCUCCUGGAUCGGCUCUGCGCUCAUCCCACCCAUGUAAUCAUGGCUGAAACUGUUCAUGACUCUAGUUAUUUGUCAGAUCCAUUGAUCAACACCCAUGAAACUGUUUUUUAUCUGGACCAGUGUAAUCCUCACCCUGCCAUUCUCUUGGGUCCAGCCGCUCCAGUGUAGCCAUUCUGGUUUUAUAGCAAUUAUACCCCAGUGUAACGAUGGAUGCCAGAGGAGAUGCUCCUGAUUUGAUCUAGCAUAAAUGAUCUCAGUGGAGUUACUUUUCCCCCAGGAAGUGAGAGUACCAGUGGGCCCAGGAAGGCAUAUUCAAAAUGAAGCAGAGGAA